AUGCGCGGAAAGAAGCCUUGCAGCAAUUACUGCAGAGAGCAACAAAGGACGGGAUGCGUGGAAAGAAGGCUUGGAGAAAGUAUUGCUGAGAGUAACGAAAGAGAGGAUGCGUGCAUUAUCUUUAAAAAAUCUAACUGUUCAUAUCUAUCUAUCUAUCUAUCUAUCUAUCUAUCUAUCUAUCUAUCUAUCUAUCUUUCAUUUUGUUCAUCCAUCCAUCCAAUCAUACAUCUAUCUAUCUAUCUAUCUAUCUAUCUAUCUAUCUAUCUAUCUAUCUAUGUCAUUAUGUUCCUAUUUAUAAAUUUCAGUCUCUUCAUCAAUCUGCCUGUCUGUCUGUCUGUCUAUCUAUCUAUCGCUGUCUGGUUUUCUAUCUAUCUAUCUAUCUAUCUAUCUAUCUAUCUAUCUAUCUAUCUAUUUUAUCUUUUCCUUUUAUUUUCUGAAUCGCUUCUUCCAUAUUUCGUAAAGGUUUCUAUAUUCUUCUUGUUCUACUUCUUCUUCUUUUUGUUCUUGUUCUUGAUCUUCUUCUUCUUUUUGUUGUUGUUGUUGUUGUUUUUCUUCUUCUAUGCAUUUUAUCUUCUCAUUCUUCCUUUUCCUUAUUUCUCUGCUUUUCUUCAUGCAAUUCCUUCCUUUUUCAUCAAUUCUUCUUCUUUCUUCUUAGCGUCUCUCUUUCGCAAUGUUCUACGGUCAUCAUUUAUUUUGUCAGACUUUCUCUUCGUUUCCUUCAACUUUCCUCCAUUUUCUCCUUCCCCCUAUCCCUUCGUCUCCUUUUUUGACUCUUCUCCAUUUUCUCCUCCAACUUUCCCUUCGACUCCUUCAUCUCUUCUCAAUUUUCUCCUCUCCCACCUUUCCCUUGGUCUCCUUCUUUAUUUCUCAUUUUUCUCCCCCAACCUUCCCUUCGUAUCCUUUUUCAUGUCUUCUCAAUUUUCUCCUCACCCUUUCACUUCGUCUGUUUCUCCAUUUCUCAUUUUUUUUCUCCUCCCAAUUUUCACUUCGAAUCCUUCUUUAUAUCUUCUCAAUUUUCUCCUCCCACUUUCUCUUCACCUUUAG